AUGGUUCUAACCUAUCAUGCAGUUCCAUGGGGAAUAACACACCUCUUCCUUAUUGUCAACGUCGUCGUCAUGCUUUCCUGCUCUGUCCUCGUCAUCGCUCGCAAACACAGUGAAUAUGCUGUUGCCGGUCUCCUCGGUGUUGUGGUCGCUCAGGCUCUCGGCUACGGUCUUCUAAUUGACAUAACCUUCAUUGUCCGCAACCUCAGUGUCAUCGGUGGUCUCCUCAUGGUCCUCUCUGACUCCUGGGUGCGCAAGAAGUUCAUGCCCGCUGGUCUCCCACAGCUCGAGGAGAAGGACCGCAAGAUGUACGUUCAGUUUGCCGGCAGAGUCCUGCUCAUCUUUUUGUUCAUUGGAUUCGUCUUCUCUGGCGAAUGGAGCUUGUGGCGAAUCAUUGUCAGCUGCAUUGGUCUCGUUGCCUCAGUCAUGGUUGUUGUUGGAUUCAAAGCAAAAUGGAGUGCUGUCAUCUUGGUCGUUGUCCUCAGCGUGUUCAACGUCCUUGUCAACAACUUCUGGACGCUCCACCCCCACCACCCUCACAAGGACUUUGCCAAAUACGACUUCUUCCAAAUUCUCUCUAUCGUUGGCGGCUUGGUCCUCCUUGUCAACAUGGGCCCUGGGCAGCUCAGCAUGGACGAGAAGAAAAAGGUUUACUAA